CACACUGUUUCCUAUUCUAUAUUUGCUAUGCUAUCAAUCAUGCUCGCCCACAUGGUUUAUAGGUUUUUACUAAGAAAUAAGAAUUGGGUCGUUACUCUUACCGUAAUGACCGCCCAGGUUUUAUUUAUAUUAAAGUCGCUCAUUAGAUAAAAUCUAUAAAAUCGUUGUAUAUUCGUGGUGUGUGUUAGUAUAUGUUUGAUCGUGUGUCGAAAACAUAUUCGAUAACGGUGGUCUGUUACUUAAAUAAAUUAGUGUGUUCGUAGUUCGUAUUGUUUGCUUACCGUGCUCGAUUACCGCUUAUGUGCCACGUAAUAUUCUGAUUUUAAUAUUUGUUGAACAAAAAUUAAAAUGCCUAAAAAAAAAAAAAAAAAUUUAAGUAGUCGUUUAAAUACUUUCGUGUCUGAGUUCGGUAAAAAUGUUUUUGUAUUGACACUAGGGUAUUAUUUUGCAAAUAUUGCGAAACGAAAGUCGAUUCGGAUAGAAGAUCCAGCGUAAUACAGCACUUGAAAACAGAAAAACAUUUGUGUUCUGUUAAACGUAAAGAAAAUCAACAAGAGACCAAGUGCCAACAACUAUUAACCAAUGAUUUACCGUCUAAAAAAUCGAAGUUCAACCUGGAUUUAUGCAAAGCUAUGGUCUCGACUAAUAUACCACUAAAUAAACUAUCAAAUAUAGAGUUUCGGACAUUUUUGGAAGUUUAUUCUGGAAAAGAUGUCCCCACAGAAUCAGUACUUCGAAAAUUCUAUUUAGACGACUACUACAACGAAAUGAUGGAAAAAAUUAGGCUUUUUGCGUGUUUUCGACCGAAAAAUUUGGGUGUCACUUGAUGAAACAACAGACACAGAAGGUCGGUAUAUAGCUAAUGUAAUAAUAGGGACUUUAGAAGAGGAUACUGCUGGUCCAAUUUUUUUACUGAAUACUGAAGCACUAGAAAAGACCAAUCACUCUACAGUUUCUAAACUUUUUGACAAAUCUUUAAGAAUUUUAUGGCCUAAUGGGAUAAGACACGACAACGUUUUAUUAUUUUUGUCCGACGCUGCGCCGUAUAUGAUAAAGGGUGGAAAAUCUCUGAAUGCACUCUACUCUAAAAUGGUACAUGUGACUUGUGCUGCUCAUGGCCUCCAUAGAGUUUCGAAGGAAGUACGAAAUCAAUUUAGUACUGUUGAUAAAAUUGUAGCUAAUUUAAAAAAAAUGUUUAAAAAAGCACCAUCACGCAUACAAAUUUUAAAAAAUUACGCUCCGGAUAUCCCUUUACCUCCAGAACCAAUUAUAACCUGAUGGGGUACCUGGAUCAAUGCUGUACUUUAUUAUUGUAAAUAUUACGAAAAAAUUCGUGAUGUUGUAAAUAUGUUGGACUCCAAUGAUGCUUUAAGUAUUAAAGUUCCAAAAAAAAAAUUGGUAAAAGAACACGUUCAAAAUAAUUUGGUGUAUAUUACUUCAAAUUUUAAAGUUCUUUUUGAAUCAAUUUUGAAACUGCAGACAAAAAACAUGCCUUUAGCUGAAUCGUUGAGUAUCGUGGACAAUGUUCAAACACAAUUAAAAUCCGUUCAAGGUGAACCAGGGAAAAAAGUCUAUGAAAAAAUGGAAAAUUUUUUGUCUAAAAAUAUCGGAUUAAAAACAUUAAAACAAAUCUCGUCAAUACUUAGUGGAUCUAUCUCCACCAUGGAUGGUCUUCCCGAAGAUCUGUCAACAAAUGACCUUAUUUUCUACAAGUACGCACCAAUGACGUCAGUGGAUGUCGAAAGAUCAUUUUCUGUUUACAAAAACCUUCUGAGCCAAAACAGACGAUCAUUUAAACUUGAAAACAUAAAAAAGUAUCAUAUCAUUCAGUGUAAUUUAGGACUCUGGGAAUAGAUCCAGUGUAGAACAGCUUCAUUAUCAAAAGAAAAAUACAAAUAAAAAAAAAAA